GGCGCGCUCUGCAAAGCCUCCGCGCCUCCGGGUGUGUGUGUGUCUCUCGGGGCUCCCGUUGGCCGGCAGGGCCGGGUCCUGGAGUUCUCGAGUCAGAUCGCCUCCCGGCAAAGGCCCGGCAGAGCGAUGAUGACCAGCAGGACCCGGGAGGAGGUGGACGCCACGCUGCAGAUCGCCAAGCUGAACGCGGCCGAGCUGCUGCGGCCCGUGCACUGCCUGCGCUUCGGGGCCCGCGCGCGCGGCGCCGACGCCGGAGACUUCUGCCUGCUGGAGCUGGACCCCGCGCUCUGCCCGCACCUGGAGGCCGGCCACAGUCUGGUGAUUCGUGGGGAUAAGGAUGAACAGGCUGUCUUGUGCAGUCAAGACAAAACCUAUGACUUGAAAAUAGCAGACACGUCCAACAUGUUGCUUUUCAUCCCUGGUUGUAAAACACCUGAGCAGCUGAAGCUGGAAGGCGCCCCCAGUGACAUUGUUCACGCCGAGAUCUUUGGUUUUUCCAAUAAUUAUUGGGAGCUGAGAAGAUGCAGACCUAAGUUAAAGAAGCUAAAGAAACUGUUGAUGGAAAAUGCCUACGAAGGCCCUGACAGUCAAAAAGAAAAGGAGUCAAAUCGCUCUAAGUAUACAACAGAAGAUUUGCUUGAUCUAAUUCAGGCAAGUGAAGAAGAAAUCAUGACCCAAUUACAAGUUCUAAAUGCCUGUGAGAUUGAAGGUUACUGGAGGAUUCUUGAAUUUGAUUAUGAAAUGAAGCUUCUGAAUCACGUGACUCAGCUUGUGGAUUCCGAAUCUUGGUCUUUUAGUAAAGUUCCCUUGAAUGUGUGCCUUCAGGAGCUUGGGCCAUUGGAGCCAGAGGAGAUGAUUGAACACUGCCUUAAAUGUUAUGGAAAGAGAUAUAUAGAAGAAGGUGAAGUUUAUUUUGACCUGAGUGCUGACAAAAUAUGCAGAGCAACAGCCCAAAUGCUACUGCAGAAUGCAGUGAAAUUUAACUUCAGUGAGUUUCUAGAGGUGUGGCAACAGAGUGUUCCUGAAGGAAUGGUAACCAACCUUGAUCAGCUUAAGGGGUUAGCCUUGGUGGAUAGACACUCCAGACCAGAAAUCAUAUUUUUGCUUAAAGUAGAUGACUUACCUGAGGGUAAUCAGGAGCGUUUUAAUAGUCUCUUCUCUGUACGGGAGAAGUGGACAGAGGAAGAUAUUGCUCCAUAUAUCCAAGAUUUGUGUGGGGAGAAGCAAACCAUAGGCACAUUACUCACUAAAUAUUCUCGAUCUUCGAUGCAAAAUGGUAUCAAGGUUUAUAAUUCAAGAAGACCCAUAUCUUAAAAGAACAAGUCUUUUGGGACUAUUAUUGCUUUAUAAAAUUGCUGGUUAUAAGAAAAUUAUUUUUUUACGUGUACCACAAACUUUCAAAGUCUAGUAUUUUGAAGCAUUUUUCUCAUAAACAUUUUGAAAUGCCAGACUUCUUUUUUCUUAACCAUAGCAGGAUAUUUUUAUGCUUUUCAAGUUGUUUAUAUUAUGUGCACAGUCUAAGCAGGGACAAAUGACAGUGUUAUUUCCUAUGUUUAAUAUGUCUUUGUGUCUACAUAUUUAUAGAAAACCUUUACCUGUUUGUUGUAAAAAUUUUAAUUGUAUGUCUUUAAGCAGGAUUUGAUAUUCUAGUCAUUAGAAAAUUCAAGGGUAUUCGGAGAACUAGUUUGUUUGUUUUUUAGUUACUUAUUCAUCUAACAAUAAUUUUUCAAUUGUGUUCCCCUCUAUCUGCAAUACUUCACCAAAACACUUGGUAUCAUCUAGUGAUAAUUCUCUAAAUUAGUUGUCCCCAUGACAUCAGCUCAAUACUCACUCUCAUAUCCCCCUGAUUAGUGCAGAUACCCACUUUGGGAUGAAAUGGAUUUGGUCACCAAUCCUUUGUGAAGAAUAUUAAUAGUGCAGUUUAUUACCCUAAAGGAGAGCACUCACACAGGUAAUACAUACUAGAAAACGAGUACUUUCUAGUUAGUGUUGGAAUGCUUCAUAAAGUUCCUUUAUAAUAUUGUUUUUUCUAAUUUAUUAUCCAGGGCAAAGUUCAGAUUAAAUUUAAUUUCGUAAUGAACUUGUCAGCAAAAGUUUUAACUUAGGUAGGCCUAAGUUAAAACUGUCCAAGGCUUAAAAAAAAAACAAACCGUUAAUCGAUGACUCACCAUUAAAAUUUUAAUUGCUACUGAAAUCGACUGCAUUGCCUAUUCUCAAGCACAUGAAGUGGUAAUCCGGUGGCUUCUAAAUAUUUUCCCAACUUUCAAUAAAUUUUUCUUCAUUUGUGGACUUUUUAUUGGGAGUGGGGGCAGGGAUCUGGGCCACACCCUUCCGUGCAGGGAUGGAAGUGCCAGGAACCUACCCUGUGGGCUGCUUGCAAAGCAAACACUGUAAUCUACUAUCUGGGUGCCUAGAUUAUUUAUUUAUUUAUUUAUCUUAUUCCUGGUGGUGCUGGAGUUGAACCCAAAUCCACUGCAUACCAGAAAAGUGCCUUAACCCACGACUCUUUCCAGCUCUGGAAAUUUUUUCUUAAUUUAUUCCUCCCUCCUAUUUUAAUUGAGGUACUGUGAUUUUCAGUACCAUUAAUGAUAAUUUCAUGCAUUCAUCUAUCCACACCACCCACUCUCCACCGGAGUUACCACUUUCCUCCGCCAAAGUCCAACACCCCUCAAGCCCCGCCCCUUCCCCAAGUAAACUGCCUUUGGCCAUCUGUACCUACCUUAUCUUUAUUUUUCAGAGAUUAAAAACAAAUUCA